CGCGACCGUUGCGGGGUGUGGGCCUUUCCAAGAAGGUGUGCUUCAUGGCGGUUACAGAGACUGCGAAUUUGUUGAAUUGUUAAAGCUUCCCCAUCAGUCCUCUUCCCCUUGGGGGCUUCCCUGCCUCAGUCUGGUGGACCCAGCGAUUAGCGGGUUGCGUAGGGAGGAGAAGCUCUGACGAUGGAGAAUGGACAGGGCACAGGCUCCAAGCUUGGCCUACCGCCUCUCACCCCAGAGCAGCAGGAGGCACUUCAGAGGGCAAAGAAGUAUGCCAUGGAACAAAGCAUUAAGAGUGUGUUGGUGAAGCAGACCAUCGCCCAUCAACAACAACAACUCACCAACCUGCAGAUGGCAGCAGUGACAAUGGGCUUUGGAGAUCCUCUCUCACCUUUACAAUCGGUGGCAGCUCAGAGGCAACGUGCUCUAGCCAUCAUGUGUCGGGUUUAUGUGGGCUCCAUAUACUAUGAGCUUGGUGAGGACACCAUCAGACAGGCGUUUGCCCCCUUCGGCCCUAUCAAGAGCAUUGACAUGUCUUGGGAUUCUGUUACAAUGAAACACAAGGGGUUUGCCUUUGUGGAAUAUGAUGUGCCAGAGGCCGCUCAGCUGGCGCUGGAGCAGAUGAACUCAGUCAUGUUGGGGGGGCGAAACAUUAAGGUUGGGCGGCCAAGUAACAUCGGUCAGGCGCAACCCAUCAUUGACCAGCUGGCAGAGGAGGCGCGCGCCUUUAACCGAAUCUACGUGGCGUCCGUCCACCCUGACCUGUCAGACGAUGACAUCAAGAGUGUGUUUGAGGCCUUUGGAAGGAUCAAGUCUUGCACGUUAGCCAGAGACCCCACCUCAGGGCGACACAGAGGCUUUGGCUUCAUUGAAUAUGAAAAGCCUCAGUCAGCCCUGGAUGCUGUGUCUUCUAUGAACCUCUUUGACCUGGGGGGUCAGUACCUGCGGGUGGGCAAAGCAGUGACUCCACCCAUGCCCCUACUGACCCCCACGACCCCUGGUGGUCUGCCGCCUGCUGCAGCUGUGGCUGCAGCGGCAGCCACCGCUAAGAUAACGGCCCAGGCAAGUAUGAAUCCCUUCCAAAGGGAUUUAAUGGCCUUCCAGGAGGCUGUAGCCGGCGCAUCAGUCCUGGGGGCGUUAGCCGCGCCCCAACUUCUUGGUCAGCAAAUGGGAAUACCUCAGGCUGUUAUGGCUGCCCAGGCACCAGGGGUCAUCACAGGUGUGUACCAAGACAUGAGUGUUACUCCAGUACGUCCUCCCAUACCAGUGCUUCCCCAGGUUGGUCUUGUGAACCCUGUGCUCGCAUCACCGCCUGUCCUGUCUAAUCAGGCCGGUGGCUCCAACCAACAAGAGCGAAAAGAAGAGAAAGAGGAGAUGUUGCAGGAUGGUACAGGGCAGGAGAUGUUGAGUGACCAAGAGCACAUGAGCAUCUCAGGCAGCAGUGCCAGACAUAUGGUGAUGCAGAAACUGCUAAGAAAAUCAGAGUCCACAGUGAUGGUGCUUCGAAAUAUGGUUGGACCAGAGGACAUUGAUGAUGACCUGGAGGGCGAGGUGACAGAAGAGUGCGGGAAGUUUGGCUCUGUCAACAGAGUCAUCAUAUACCAAGAAAAGCAAGGAGAAGAGGAGGAUGCUGAUAUCAUUGUCAAAAUCUUUGUAGAGUUUUCCAUGGCCUCAGAGAUGAACAAAGCUAUCCAGGCCCUCAAUGACCGCUGGUUCGGAGGUCGCAAAGUUGUCGCAGAGGUGUACGACCAAGACCGUUUCAACAGCAGUGACCUCUCUGCAUGAAGUGUCUGAAAUGGUUCACCAUCCCCAUACCUGUCGCCCAGAUCAUUUCAGCCACAGUCACUGCAGCUUGAGAUGCGGGCCUCUGAAACUUGUAAUUAUGUUUUUAUUUUCUUCAUUUUUUUUUUUAAAUUGCUGUUGAUAUUAAUGUUGAACUCCCCAAUUGGGGUAAUUCAUUAAAAAUAUUUACGUGUCAGAUUUUGCUUUGUGAUCUGUGAAGACUCCUUUUGGUGCAAGUUUUAAAUUUUUGUAAUCCUACCUUGUAAAACAUUUAGAUUUUCUUUGGUUUAGCUCUUUUUUUUCUUUCAUGAAAUUGCCAGGACAUGUAAACACUCUUUUCUUUUUACAAUUAAAGGUUAUUGUUUGUCCACAAAAAGUGUGAUGCAUUGUUUUUAUGAAUGGUUGAAUUCUUGGAAGGACUGUUAUGAUUGAAGAAUCCUCUGAUUUUGAUAUGUAUGUAAACACAAUUUUGUGUUUUGGUUGCUGAAUAGCAUUUGAUUCAUAAGUAAAAACAUACUGAAAGCAUUUGUUGAUGUCCAGGAUUUGUAUUGGUUAUUCUCAAAUGGAAGUGCGUCAGUUGUGUUUGUACAGGGGGUGAACACCUCACAGCAUAAUAACCUUUCAGACUUUAUGCGGAGUUGUUUUUUUUCCCCCUUUAUAAUUUCUGAGACUUUACUGGAUAUGCCAUAGUUUUUUAAACAGAUUGUCACAAGGGGUUUAUAUUUUGUAGCAGAUGCAUUGUUGAUUAUUUUGCACUGUGCUUGGGAGAUAAUGUUAACAAGUAUUUUUUUCUAGAUGUACAUCUCUGCAGUGGCACCAUAAUUAAAGCUUGUGUGUCAUCUGCUUGCAACCAGUGAGAUAAUGGAGAACGCCUUGUAAGUGGAUGCUUGACAAAUUUAUAUUUAUUGACUAUCACCCUGAUGAGAAACAUGAUUGCUUAACAUGUCACUAAACGGUAAAGCAAAUACUGAAGUAAUGAAAAUGAGAUUGCCUAGAUGCAUGGUUUUGUUCACUUGUGCUGCAAGACCUAGAAAACCUUUUUCUUAAGGCUGCUUACUUGCACAUACUGGUAGAGCACUGACUGCACGCAUGGCUAAUGACUGGAAAAGUCCUGUUAUUUUGGAUGAUGUGGCAAAAAAUAACUGUUGAAAUGACUUAAUCAGCAGUGUAAACUUUAUGAAAUUUGCUUAAAGAAAUUAAACUUUUAUGAACGUC